GUGACGUCUGUGUCAUCAUGGCGGCUGCUGCUGCUCUGCGGGCUGUGAGGUUGGAGGGUGUUAAAGAUGGUAUUGCACUCAUCAAGAUGAUCAAAGGAGACAAUAGAAUGAAUAUGCCGUUUUUGAAUAGUAUGGGGAAAGCGCUCGACGAAGUAGAAAGAAAUGAUGACGUAAGAGGUGUGAUCUUCACUGGUGAAGGAAAGUUCUUUAGCUAUGGAGUGGACCUACCAUGGGUCGCUCAACAAACUUUGGACAUGACUGACAAAUUUAUUUGUGAAAGUGAUGCCCUCACAGAGAGAGUUGCAUCAUUUCCAAUGCCAACCAUUGCAGCUAUGAACGGUCAUGCCUUUGGAAUGGGUGCCAUCCUCGCAUUGGCUUGUGAUUACAGGGUGAUGGGGAAAGGGCGUGGCUGGUUCUGUUUUCCGGAGCUUACAGUUCCUGUAUCUUUUUCUCCUACUACCCUGGAAAUGAUCAGACUAAAGUUACACAGAGUACAAGUUGUGCGGGAUGCAGCUAUAUUCAGCAAACGCUACACAGCAGAAGAAGCUUUGGGAGCAGACAUAGUAGAUGAGGCAGUGGAUGAGAAUCAAGUCAUGGAGGCAGCUAUUCGCUAUGGUAACAAGUUAGGUGAGAAACUGGACAGACGUUGUGUGCAUACCACAAAGGACCAGCUUUAUGGUGCCCCCCUCAGGUCGAUAAGAGAUGCACAUCUUCAGAGAGAGACAGAAAAAGACAAGAAUGACAGGCUCGAAGAUUUCAAACGAGGGGCUCAACUCCAUGCAUCAAACAUGUAAAAUCAUUCAAAACAGCUGCCAAAUCAUGUCGAAUUGACUUGUAACAUUUAACAUUAUUAUGUGACUUUAUUCUGAAGAAGUGACCAAGAAUGGCAU